GUUAUUGCGGGGGCUAUUAUGGCCUCAGCCACAUGGCUGGCUGGUGCUAUUCUGGGAAAUGCGAAAUGAAUCCGGAAGCUAAGAUACAGCAAAUGAGCGACGCCGACGCCGACAGCUAUCGGGUGCUAAGUGCCGAAGUCAUCGGAGAGAACGACGAUCUGCUCACUGAAAUCCUCAUUCGUGUUCCUGCAAAACCCCUGAUUCGAUUCAAGUGCGUCUCCAAGCGCUGGCUCUCCCUUAUUUCUCACCCAGCUUUUUGUCGCCGCCACGCCGUCCGUCACCCCUCUUCCAAGGUCUCUGGCAUCUUUCUCCGCCGCACUCCGGGUGACUCCCAAUCUGACUUCCGAUUUGUCUCUCUCACUUCCAACUACCCCGUUUCUCCCCUCACUUCCCUCCAUUUCUCCCCCGACCCCAACGGCGUAAGGAUUCUGCAAUCCUGCAACGGCCUCUUAUUGUGCUCGUCUCUGGGGAAAUUCGGGACUCCUCGAAGGUAUUCUGUUUAUAACCCCACUACCAAACAAUUCUCUGUUCUUCCUCAAUCUUAUCCUCUUGCCCAACAAUCAAUCGCCAUCUUUGGGGUUAAUCUAGCUUUUGAUCCGACCAGAUCGCCUCAUUACACCGUGAUCUGCGUUAGUGCCACUGUCGAGUCCUGCUACUUUUAUCAGAUAAUGAUAUACUCGUCUGAAAGUGAAACUGGAAAUUGGAGGUUAUCCGGUUCCCCCUUUAAUGCUCCCUACGAUAUGGCUUUCGGGGACGGAGUGUAUUGGAAUGGCGCAAUUCACUGGACUAGCCCAAAAGGCUCGUCGCUUUAUUUUGAUAUCACUCAAGAGUGCCUCGGAAGAAUGCCUAACUUGCCACAUUUAGGCGGUAGCUAUUAUCUGGUUGCAGCUUGCGGCCGUUUAAAUCUGAUACAAAUUUGUGGGCCUCGUUCUUCUCAGAUCCAGGUCUCUCAGAUGGAGAGGGACUACUCUAAGUGGUCGCUUAAGUACCAAGUGGAUCUUGCGGAGCUUAAACCUGCAUUUCCAGACAUGAUCCGUUUUCCGGAUGGUCAUCUCCCUUGUUGUUUGCGUUCUUCUUCCUCGCAUAACUUCAUUGUACUUUCUCUUAUCCCGGAUGAGAAUGAGGAGCACCCUUCUCUUUUACUGCAUAUACCUGGUAAGCUCAUUAUUUACCGCUUCAAAGAUGAAACAUUUAUGACUAUUUGUGACUUAAUGCUCUCCCCAACCAACCAUUCGUUACAAUUCGGAUGGCGGGAUGCAUAUCAGUUUAUUGAAACCUUGGCUUGUGUGUAAUGUGAAAUCCGACCUUUAUGGUUCUGUGUAAUACGUAAGAACUUGUUCCUCAUACUUCUGUAAUUCAUCUUAGUUACUGCUUA